CUUUAUCUCUCUCCCUCACACACUCCCUCGUUCUUUUUAGCAGCAACAUACAGGCCAGCCAUAUUAGAGAGAUGGAAAUAAAGCUUCCUUUCUGCCGUAUGUCUCCCUGAAGUGCACCGUGUGUCCCACUCUAUUUUCUGGCACUAACAUUCCUCCCCACAGCCCUCAGCGCCCUCUGCCACCUCCCAGCGAUCCCAGGCUCUGGAGAUGCUCAGAGAUGCCUGGCUCCCUCGCCCUGCCUUCGGCCUCACGGGGCUCAGUCUCUUUUUCUCUCUGGUGCGGCCAGGGCUCAGCAUGGAGGUCACGGUGCCCACCACCCUAAACGUGCUCAAUGGCUCGGACGCACGCCUGCCCUGCACCUUCAACUCCUGCUACACCGUGAACCACAAGCACUUCUCCCUGAACUGGACCUACCAGGAGUGCGGCAACUGCUCCGAGGAGAUGUUCCUCCAGUUCCGCAUGAAGAUCAUCAACCUGAAGCUGGAGCGGUUCCGGGACCGUGUGGAGUUCUCGGGGAACCCCAGCAAGUACGACGUGUCGGUGACGCUGCGCAACGUGCAGCCGGAGGACGAGGGCCUGUACAGCUGCUACAUCCUGAACCCGCCCGACCGCCACCGCGGCCACGGCAAGAUCCAGCUGCGGGUGCUCAUGGAGGAGCCGCCCGAGCGGGACUCCACGGUGGCCGUGGUGGUGGGCGCCUCGGUCGGCGGCUUCCUGGCCGUGGUGAUCUUGGUGCUGAUGGUGGUGAAGUGCGUGCGGAGGAAGAAGGAGCAGAAGCUGAGCACCGACGACCUGAAGACGGAGGAGGAGGGCAAGGCGGACGGCGAGGGCCACACCGAGGAUGGUGCCAAGUAGCGGCCGCCUGCGGCCC